GUUUGAAAUUUGAAUUAGUCAUUUCGGUGUUGCUGUCCUCUGUUUCCACAAAUGGCACAGAGGCUCUUGGAACCAUUCAGAAAAUUGCCCCAUCAAUUGCAAAAUCUUGAAAUUGUUAAGCGAAUUCAUGAUUACACACUUGGGAAACAUACCGAUAGUUACUCCUGUCACCAGUCGUCUGCUUACGGAUGUCUGGAGUCUCCAAGCGCUUUGGCUUUCGACGAAAUUCUUGGCUUAUUAGCUGUAGGAACAAGUAAAGGGGUAUUAAAAAUAUAUGGCUCACCGGGCAUUGUUUUCACUGUCCAACGAGAGGGUUCUCCGAUCAUUUCUCUUUUGUUUUUACCAGGUGAAGUAGGUCCUCUUUACACUGAUGUCAUACCUUAUAGGGGCGGAUUGUUUGCGCUUCGACUGACGGAACGUUAGAUCUUUUUGAACUAGAUUCUAGAUGUGGACGAUGGUCACCAACUAGCCAAGUGAAAGUUCAGCAAACGUAAGUUAACCAAUAGGAAAUUUCGUUUCUUUUAACAAAUGGGGAUAUAGCUGUUAGGUUUAUGCUAAACGUCAACCUCAUUUGGAUGGAUUCAUGCUUUUGCCUAAAACUUCACUCGCAGACACGGCAGCCGAACAAGGUAAUCUGUGCAUCUCAAAAACAGUAAGACAUUAGAUCGCUAAAUGUCUUUUCUAAGUAAAAUGCACCGCUUUUUACUCCCGAAAUCCGCGUACAUUUUGCUUAGUAAGACUUGUUCCAAUGACCUGAAGUUUAUUUUGAUGGAUAUUACUUCACAAAGUUGUUCAUGGGGAGCUCAUUGGUCUUGUUAAAAGAAUUAGGCAUUUCGUAUAAACCAAUCUGGCAGGGAAUCCAAGUCACUUGACAUCCGUUUACAACUGAGUUCGUGCUUUCCACUGGGAUGCAAUAGUAAUUAAAAAAUUCGAUUUGUCAUGUUGGUUACUUGGGAACCUAGACACAAUCAUCGUCCUAUCUCACCGUGUCCAGCUUUAAAAUAGAGUUUGGUGUAGAGAUUCGUGUGGCUAAAAUUCUCAUUUUUUCAGCUGUUAUUUUUCACGGGUUGUGUCGUACAGUACCUUCACUUUCUAAUAUAUACGAAUGUGAAAAUGAGUGAGUUUUCAGUAUGUAGUUUGGCUAACGUAUUAGCAAAAUGUCAAAUCGUAUUGACCUUUGAUCUGUAUCUGCUGACAGUUGGUUCUAACGAGAAUUUACCUUGUCAGGACGUUAAUUUGUUAGCUUUGUCGGUGUAAUACUUCCCUUAUAUUUUGUCGAAUAUAAUUUCGACUGAAAGUUAGGAAAGACGGCAUAUUAUUUUUCUGGUGCUAUCCACAAUCGUAUUGUAUGGUCUCUCGUCCUGUCGUUAGUGUACUUCACAGUAGGACGUACUUGUCGGUUUUCACGUGAAUCGCCUUCAGAAUUAUCAAAAAAGACUCCAACUUAUGUUUGUUUUGUUUGAGUGAAAAUAUGUACCUGUGCAUAACAAUAUAUUGAAUACUUACAUUGAUAAAAUAAUUUGUACUUAUUUACAUUCACAGCGGUGAACAAGAUCUUAUUACAUGUAUUUGUCUUGGUCAUGGUGUUAUUUACAUUGGUUCUGCAAACGGUACACUGCGUCAAGUUGCGGUUAAAAAUGGUCAUAUGACACUGGGAGAUGAUUCACUCACUGCAUGUACAAGUUCAAUUAUCAGCGACAGUGUCCCCGCAGACAAGCGAGAUCAACUUGGGGUAGACUCUCCCAUUAUAUCCCUUGAAUUACAACCUCAAGGUAAUCAUCUACUGAUCGCAUACGCAGGGGGCUGUGUAGCAGUGGCUAUUCCUCAGCCUAUUCCAUCAGAAAGCGUUACACAACCAGCUGCUCCGGCGGAUGUUGUCACUGCUCCUACAGCUCAGGGGGAAGUUGUUACUCCAAAUGUUGUUGAUGAGUUGGCUCCAACUAUUCCCCAAGAAACUCAGGGUGAAGCAACGUCAGGUGACAAAACUGAAGUAAAUGGAGAGAAGUCUCAGCAAGUUUCAAACGACAGUGCUGUCGAGUCAACUCCUAGUACUCCUGCUAAGGGACAUUCGGAGAAGCGAUCAACCCUAAAGUUUAAGGCGUUGACACGUAGUUUGAGACCUGAUGCGUCUAAAGCAGAGAAAGAAGAACCAUCAUUACCUGUACCUCCAGCUCCUCGUAUCAGUCAUUUACUGCUUCGCGACCAACCAGUUGAAUGGGCCUCAUGGCGUGUUACAUCCGUGGACUCUUUAUCUACUGAAGUUGUAGUUGCUUAUGGUGAUGGUGCAUUUCAGGUUUGGCCUAUUGUUGCAGCUGUUAGUGAUCAACCGUUUGAGCCAAUCAUUGUAUCAAUGAUAGAUCCACCAAACACUCCAUAUGGUCCUUUACCUUGUGGCGCAAUAAAUAAAAUAUUGAUAAGUCCAUCUGCAAAUGCCGGUUUACUAACAGUGUUUUGUGGAGGUUUACCACGUCCCCAAUUUGAGAAUCGUUAUGCAGUGUCUGUCUUACAAGAUCAUGAACAUCAUGUUUGUUAUCAGUUUGGAUCAAAGGUUAUUGAUUUUGUACUUGUACCGAGUGAAGGAAGUGUAUCAAAUGAAACGGUUUCAGGUGAAGUUGUGACUAAACCUUGUCCACCUAGUUAUUCUGCUACAUUAUUAGUGCUUACUGAACGUGAACUUGUUGCGAUUGAUUUAACUCAACCCGAUUGGCCUGUCUACGAUUCACCAUAUCUUAAUUGUAUGGAUUUCACUCCGGUUACAGCUAUAACUCACAUAGGACAGGUUCCACCAGCUCUAAUCCAUCGGCUACACCAAGCUGCUCAGAUAACUUCAGAUGAUAUUACCAACUGUUCAUGGCCAAUAUGGGGCGGGUCUCAUAAUGGUAACACGAAAAAUUUUGCACAAAAUUCUGGAAAUGACGUUAUCGUCCUUGGACAUUCAAAUGGAUGGGUUACUUUAUGGGCAGUUGGUCGAGGAGAUACUACAAUUCAUCUGGGAACUUUACCAACUUCAUCUUUGUUUAAUUUAACUGAUUUGCAAAAUGGUCAGAAGUGUGGGAACUCGAUAUUGGAGGAAGAAACGUGGCCACCUUUUCGUCCAGUUGGUUAUUGUUCUCGAGCACAACGUCAAUCUGUCGAGAAUUGUGAUCCACGCUUGGCUAUUACACAGUUACUUGUUUUACUGGGAAGUCCAAUUCGAUCAGGUGUUAGCGGUUCAAUUGCACCGGAUACAUUGACACUCGUUGUGGGUGGUGCUGGUGGUCAAGUGAGCCUAUGGGUCGCCGGUUCAGAAGGAUUUUUGCAUUCACCGGAACUUAGUUCUUUUGAGCCUGAUGUAUUCAGAAUAUGUGUUAACCUCAUUGAUCAUUCAGAUGAGAAUAAAUAUAUUUGGAAAGAUGCUUUAUCUCUUCGACCUACCGAAGGUGUCCCUCAUUAUUGCACACCAACUGGACUAACAUUUCAUCCAUGUCAACUUAUUCAAUUAAAUCCUCCUAGCCAGAUUACAUCUCUUGCAUUGGAGUUGUCUUGGAAUUUAUUGGCCAUCGGUUCUUCACACGGAUUUGCUUUGUUAGACUUAUUUGAUCGUUCUAUAACCCAUACUCAUUUCACUUACGAUUCAUCAGGUCCUGCAAAGAUUGUUAAUGCUGUUGCUACUGUACAAAAUGUGAUAAUGGCGCGAGGAAGACAGCUUACAUCAACAAUGAGACAAUCAUUUAGACGUCUAAAACACUUUCGUACUUCAACAGCGAGCUCUGAGAAAACUUCUAGCGAACCUACUGCACCAGCUGAUGAAAAUCAAACAACGCCGCAACAAACCGAAAAGAGUCUUGAUGAAACCUCACCUAAAGAUGAAAUUAAAGAACAAGAUCAGCCUGUUGAACCAAGUGAAAAAAAAGAAAUCCAAGAAAAUGUUGAAGCUGUAGGAGUAACAGAGCAACCAACAACUUCUGUAGAAUCUGAAGAACCGAAACAACAAUCAAUAACGGAUAAUGCUGAGGUUGAUGUUCCUCCUGAACCUAUUCAAUUGAGCCAAGAGGAUAUAGUAUCAUCAGCUGUUCGUUGUCUCCUGUUUUCUGAGACGUAUGUUCAAGUGGGAGACCGUGCUCCUUCUGUCUGGGUUGGUACAGCUUCAGGUAAAGUGUUGGCUUUUAAUUUGUCAUGGAGAGGUACUGCUGGACCCGUUAAGGCGACAUUGUCCAAGGAAUUACAAUUGCAUCAUCACUCUCCGAUUGUUUCUUUGUAUAUCAUCGAUGCAGUUGAUCAUGGACCAAUUAUGCAUAGCCAAGCUUACAGGAAUUCGUGUGUCGAAUCAGUUGAAAGUAACGAGAAACAAGAAUCUGCUCAACCGUCAGAACCUCCUGCUGAAGUUUCGAUGGAUGGUGGUAAAGAUACUGAAAUACCUAUUCAAUCAACAUCAGCCACACAGGAUGUGCAUCAAUUACUUUUGUGCUCUGAGGAACAAGUUAAAUUGUUCAGUAUACCUUCACUUCGUCCAAUUUAUAAGCAUAAAUUUAUUGAUCGCCUUCGUAUGCUUGGUAUGUCAGUGACUUCUGGUGCCGGUUCAACUUCUAAACCAGAGAAGGAAGUGGUUGAAGAGGCAGCAGAUACAGUUGUUGGCGAGAGCGAGGUUGUAUAUGUGAACACAAGCCAGAUUAAUCCCAAACGUGUGACAGGGUUUGGCCUUCAGAAUUUUACUUCUGGGUCCGGAGAAAAUGCUAAACUCGAAUGGAAUGCUGUUGCAACGCUACUAGAUGGACAGAUUGCUGUACUGUCUUUGCCUAACCUUCGUAAAGUAUUCAAGGAACGCUGUUAUCCUGGUUAUCUACCUUCAUCUACACUUCCCUGUGUUGCCACGCGUACGUAUAACACGCAUGUCUUCUGGUCUAUAGGAUGUCGUCUUUUAGUAUCCGAACUCAAUCCUAUUCCUUUGUUGAAUUCAUUCGCAACACCAGUUAGUGAUGUUAUAACAGAUGAUUUUAUUGCAAUCCAUUUACCCGAAUGGGCUAGAACGGCUAGUAAAGAUGUAUCAGUCGAAAAUGAAAAUUUAAAAACAUCCAACCAGACAAACUUGGUUUCUGAACCUCUCCAGAGUACUGGGAAUAUUACCACUGACGAGAAAACAAAUGGUUGCGCACCUGUAGUAGAAGAGGAGAUUAUACCAACGAAUAAGAUGAAUGAUACUAUACUAGAGAAUGGUCAGAAUAUUGGUGAUGUUACAUUGGAUUCUAUCAAGGAAUAUUUGAAUGGCACUGAUGUAACAAUGGUUGUAAAAACAACUGAACUGUCUACUGAAAAGCGUACUCUUGUAGAAGGUGGAAAAAUUACAACUACCGUUCAUGAAGUAGAGAAGGUUGAUGGAAAAAUUACAAAAGACGAUGUUGUUAAGUUUGUCGCUGAUGGUGAACCGGAGGUGGUGAGUAUUACAGGCACUGUUUAACUAAAGCAAAUUAUCGGUCGAUCACAAUUGCCACUGGAAUAUAAUACUUUAUCUUUGUCUAAUUCAAUUUAAUAUUAUUUACUAUGUUAUCAUGACAUUAUUUUACCAUUGUUGAUUCUCAUUUUCCUCUUCUGCUUAAAUUGACUCGUCUUAUACCCAUGUGUUUGUCCCCCGUGUAUCUCGUGUUGCCUCCCUUCGCAAUUAUCGCUUCUCAACUGAUGAUGAUGAUGAUUAACGGUGCUUUUGUGUCCUAGUCGGUACAAUUUACCGGUGGUCAUUAUUUUUUUUGUUUUAUCGCGUGUUUUUUGGUCUUUUGUGCCUUUAUUUUUAAUCAAAGUAAAUUUUCUCUCUUCGCUUAUCCUUUUUGUCAUUUUUCGCCUUUUUUAAAAUUUCUCUUAUGUAUGCUGUUCUAUUGUUUGAUGUAUUUUCAUCAACUGUAUGAACCGUUUCUCGUUUCUUUCUUGUUAUUACUGACAUGUUUAUGCAUUCACAUACAAUUAUAAUACAUAACUUGACAGCCUAUCUGCGUCCGAAUUUUGCUAGUCAUAACUGCCGUGUUGUGUCAAUGUAUAUCACACUUAACAUGUUUUUUAGCUUUGUUUUAAAGUCCGUUCUAGAUCAUGUGUUUGAUGUGCUGACUUGUGUACGCUCAGUUAUCUUAAAAUCUUUAUUCUACCCUUUAAAUAUACUGAAAUUUAUUCUCUAAACGUGGAAAAUUUUAUUCGUAUUUUAUCCCAUUUUUAUCCAGUUACGCAACAUCUACAUCUUUGUCUGUGUGUUUUGUCUACUCUGGUAACAAUGUUUGUACAUGUAUACCAGCUCAUAUGCUCCUGUUUGUAUAACUUGUUUUGUAUACUGUUGACCAUCAUCAGCACUACUUCUGUAUGCUCUAUGCACAUCAUAAUUAUUUGUUUCUGUUUAACUGAUCUCUUGGUAUACAAACAGCACACGUACAUAUGUCCACACGCAGUCAUUAUCAAUCGCACAUAUAUGCUACACCAGAUACUACUUACUACCUAAUAUGGUGCAUAUAUACGCUUAUAAAUAUGGCACAUACAUGUUAACGGUAAUAAUAACCAACUCUAACAAUGUUAACAAAAUUUACAUGUUUUACAAGUUUCUGUUUUGUUUUGCUUCUUUUAAUCGUUAAAUGGUUCUCAUUUUGUUGUUUUUAUUUCAUUCUAAUCAUGAUAAGUUGCUGGCAAAUGUGAACGUAUAUUCCUUUUAUUAUCACUACUCAAUAUUACUAUUAUCUUAUUGUUAUUAUAUCUAAAUGCGAAUAAACAUUUUUCUGUCAU